AGUUGUUGUAAUUCAUAAAACAUUGUCACAGAGGUGAGAGGGAACACCAUCUCCUGCAUGUCCAUCAUCUUGUGACUCACUGUCACUGGAGGUUGCAAAGAUGAGGUUGGAGUAGGAGAUUCCAAACAUUAUCAAACAUGCCCCAGGCUGCCAUCUCCAGUAAUUCACCUUCCCUGUUCCCUGCUGCCUCCCCACCCUUAGUUCUGCAAGUCCAACACCACCUGGAAGCACUUCUUUCUAAGCAUCCCAGCAAAGGUUUUGGCACCAAGAUGGGUUACAUCCAAGGCACCUUAUCCCAGAGCUUUGUAGACUGUUUUAUGGUCUAGGCUGGGUAACAGGAACUGGUGGAGGAAUCAGCUUGAAACAUGGUGGGAACGGAGCUCCUCUCAGUGGCCACUGCAAAAAAAGAUAAGUCCUCAUUCUGCAAAGAGCCUUGCACAGUGCCUGCAAUUCUGUACCCAGUCACAAGGGAUGAAAUCUACAUUGCUCCUUCAGGAGUCCAAAAGGAAAGAAUACAGCCAGAAGAUAUGUUUGUUUGUGAUAUUAAUGAACAGGACAUCAGUGGUCCUCCGCUUCACAAGAAACUAAAGAAAAGCCAGUGCACACCUCUUUUUAUGAAUGCCUACACUAUGAGAGGGGCAGGCGCAGUGAUCCAUACACAUUCCAAGGCUGCUGUUAUGGCUACCCUUCUUUACCCAGGGAGUGAGUUCUCUAUUACCCAUCAGGAGAUGAUAAAAGGAAUCCAGAAGUGUACUUCAGGAGGCUAUUACAGAUAUGAUGAUACACUAGUGGUUCCUAUUAUUGAGAAUACACCAGAAGAGAAGGAUCUCAAGGACAGGAUGGCACGUGCAAUGGAAAAAUACCCAGACUCUUGUGCUGUCCUGGUCAGGCGUCACGGUGUUUAUGUGUGGGGAGAGACAUGGGAAAAAGCCAAAACAAUGUGUGAAUGUUAUGACUACUUGUUUGAUAUCGCAGUGCAGAUGAAGCAGCACGGACUAGAUCCUUCAAAACAUCCAGCAGGAGAAAAUGGGAUCUUGUAAAUGUCAACAACAUUUAUACUCAGGUUUCUCACAUGAUGAUGGGAGUUCCAGCUUUCACCCCACACUAUUGAAGCCAGAAGGGGGUGCUGAUCCUCAGCUGAUUGACAAAUGUCAGCAGGAACUUUUAACUCCUAAAUGCACCCAAGAAUUAAAGGAGCGUUAAAAAAAACCCAACUACUGAACAAUCAUUGCAAUUUACAAGUCCUGUUGAAUGCCACAGUAGGAGGAAUGAAAAUCCAGAUGCAAAAAGACUUUGGAAAAAUUUGGAGAACUAAUAUCACGUUUUGGUUUUGUGCCUUAAAAAUAUGCAUUUCAACAACCUGCAUUUGUUGAUCCUGCACUAAUGCUACAUCAUUUAACGUGAAAUAAAUCUGCAUUUCUGAAAGUUG